AUGUCGUUUUCAUCUGUAAAGAGUUCACGACUCACAUCAACUCUACCACAACAAGAAACUAUGAGUAGUUUGAGCACAUCGCUCAGUAAUUUGGAUAACACAGAUUCGAUGUCUAAUGUUUCGUCGUUAAUACGGCAAAAAAUCAAGAACGGCAAUCAUAAGAAGCGGAAGAAAUCUGUUGAACAUUUUGUCGCUUUUUGUGAUGAGAAAACGUUAAAAAGAUUGAAACAACAUUAUUACCCAGAGGGAGAAUGGGGCUACGUCAUACUUAUCGUUGUAAUUUUAGUUCAAACAAUCAAUCACGGGUUACAUUUAUCGAACAGCAUUUUCAAUGUGACGCUUAUGAAAACCUUUGAAGUCACCGUCAUGUUAUCAGAAACUAAUAAAAGAAAUGCAGAAAUAUUUCAUAUCAUAAGAGAAAUGUCAAAAAUUCACAAAUAUCGAAUAAAAUUUAUUGUCUUGAGCUUCAACAACAACAGCAAGAGUUCAGAUCGUGCAAAAAUUCUUACAGCAAAUUAA